GUCUCGAGUCACCUCAAGUUAUGCAGCAUUUCCCAAUUCCCUUUCGGUUUGGAUAGGGAGGUAGUAGAACUUUUAGGAGUCUCUAGGCUGUGGCCAUCUUACGUGGGCCACCACAAUCUUAUGGCUGCUAGCGUCUGCUGCGGCUCUCAAAGCUCAGCCACCAUGGCCUGCGCCAACACGCUGAAUUACGUUGGUCGAUGCCCAUCCGCGGUCCUCCGGUCGGCGGUAGUGGUGCGUGCGGUAGCAGCUCCUACGCGACCAGCCAAAUCUGCCGUCCCCGAAUUGCUCGACGGCCGACUGGCAGAGCAGGCGACUAUGAAUUUCCACGAAUACACGCAAGCAACACAGAUGCUUAACAGGCUCAAGGGUCAGGCUUCCGACUUGGAGGUGCUGUUGGACCAGUUAAAUGCACUUGAAGCUAGCCUGGACGAUAACCUGCUGGCACCGCCCCCUUUGGACGAGGCCGCAGAGCGGGCAGCCCGGCAGGCCAAACGCGCGGCAAAGCGAGCCGAGCGAAAGGCCAAAGCCACCACCGCUGCAGUUUCUGGCUCUGCAGCAGCAGCAGCAGCACCACCAUCCACAAGCAGCACUUUGCUGCCUGCUGCCCCCGAGCCCAGCGUGAAGCCACGCCUCCAGCCCACCAGCAGCCGCACCAUCAGCACCUCCUCCUCAGCUUCCUCUUCCCUGUCCACAUCGCUACCCUCAAGCGCUAGCAACAGCAGCAGCGGCUCCAGCAACAGCAGCAGCGCAGCCGCAGACGUCAUGCAGCUCGAGGAGCUGUUCAAGCUGACCUACGACGAGGAGCCCCCCGCGCUACCAGCACCCAAGUCCCCAACCAGCCCCAUGGCGACACUCCCAACCAUAUUGAAGCCUGCGGCAGCAGCAGCGACAGGCUCCUCAUCCCUGCUCCGCCCGCGCAAGGCCGUUAGGAAGCCCUCCGCUGCCCCUCCACCGCCUCCAGAUGCCGCUGCUGCUCCUCCCGCAACAACAGAGGCAGCAGCAACAACAUUGGCUCCGACCCAAAUGGAUUCUCUGUCUCUGGAUGACCUGGAGAUGCUGCUGCCGCCGCUACAGACACAACAACAGCAGACCGCACCGCUCCAACCCGAGUCUGAGCAGCAACAGCAGCAGCAGCGGAAACGCCCAUCCCGGCCGGAAGCGCAGGUACAGGCGGUGCUGGCGCCGCCGCAGCCAGCGGCCACGCCCACGCGCCAGGCGCCUGCAGCGGGGCGGCAGCUCCUCCGGGACGACACUCACACCGAUACCGACACCCAUGCCCUGCAACAACAGCAGCAGCUGCUGCCGCAGCAGCAGCAGCGGUCGCACCAGUCAGGGCAACAACAACAGCAGCGGCAACCGGAGGAGCAGCGGGAGCGGCAACAGGAGGAAGCGGCAGCGCUGGGUAUGCUGGAGUCGCUGGUAUCCGCGGACCAAGAGGAGGAUGCCUACGAGGACGUGCAUGCUGCGGGGCCGUCAGACGAGGACCUGCGACAGCUGGAGUUCGACCUCCAACUAGCCGACGACUCCUGGGCAGGUGGUAGUACGCUGCUCGAGGCGGCUGCCAUGGCUCCCCGCGGCGCCCGACAGCUCUCCCAGCCCUCCUCAUCCGCAUCCUCCUCAUCCGCAUCCCCUGCAUCCGCACCCCUUUUGCCUGCCGGGCCGUCCCUCCUCAGUCUGGUUCCCGCAUCCGCGGCGCCCGGCCGCAGCGCCAAGGUGCGUCAGGCUCGCCGCAGCGCGCGGUACAGCCACAGCAGCGCGGGCGCGCAGGGCGGCAGUGGCGCGGCGGGUGGGGCGGAGGCGGCGGGCGCGGGGCGCAGCAGCCGCUCCAAGGACUCCACCACUCAGUUCCUGACCUCCUCCACAUCCGUGGACUUCCUGGAUGUGGAGGCGGAGCGGGAGGUGAUCGAGGUGUGUCGGGACUACCUGUUUCUGGAGAAGGUGAAGCGGCAGUGCCGGAAGACGCUGCAUCGGAAGCCCACGCAGGAGGAGAUUGCGGCGGCUGUGGGCAUGGACGCAAGGUCCUACCUUCACCGCUACGACGCGGGCCUGCGCGCCAAGGAGGUGCUGCUCAAGUCCAACUACCGGCUGGUGAUGACGGUGUGCCGCAAGCACCUGCGGCCCGGCAUGCAGCUGCAGGACCUGGUGUCGGAGGGGGUGCGCGGGCUGCUGCGCGGCGUGGAGAUGUUUGACGUGAGCAAGGGCUUCCGGUUCGGCACGUACGCGCACUGGUGGAUCCGGCAGGCCAUCACACGGUCCAUGGCGGUCACGGGGCGGGCAGUCAGGCUGCCCGUCCACAUGAUCGAGCAGCUCAGCAAGGUGCGCACCGUGUCGGCCCGCCUGGCCGCGGAGCUGCUGCGCGAGCCCACCGCCGCCGAGAUCUCCGCCGAGCUGGGGCUGCCGGUGCCGCGCAUCCAGCUUCUGCUGGAGGCCGCGCGUGCCGCCUCCUCCAUGGACACUGCCAUCAACGGCGACGAGAGCGGCGGCACGUUCAAGGACACCGUGCAGGACGACCGACGCGCCGCGGAUGAGGAGUUUGGGGCGGACAGCUUGCGGGGCGACAUGGAGGCGUUGCUGGGGGGAAUUCCGGAGCGGGAGGCGCGGGUGCUGAGGUUGCGGUUUGGGCUGGAUGAUGGGAAGGAGUGGACGUUGGAGGAGGUGGGGGAUGUGCUGGGGGUGACGCGGGAGCGGAUUCGGCAGCUGGAGGCGAAGGCGUUGCGGAGGUUGAAGGUGGCGUCGAUUGACGAGUGCGGCAAGCUGCGGGAGUACAGCGAGAAUCUGCGGCAGCUGGAGGAGCAUGAGGUGACGGCGCGCACCUCGUCCGGCACGCGCAAGUCGAAGUAGGGAUGAGGAGGAGGGAGAGCUGAGGGGGGGGUGAGAAGGGGGAAGGACAGGUACAAGGAGGGAGGUGUGGGGGGAGGAGAUUGGGCCUCGUCGCGGUUGGGUGGUUGGUGCCUUGUGCGCACCGCCUUGCUGGACCUGUCGUUAGCCGCAACGCAUAAGCCGCUGUACGUUUGUACGGCACACAGCAUGUCUUCGGUUGGACCUGCUGGUAGCGGCAGGGGCGGGUGGGCGCUUAUACUGGAGACGGAGGGUGCGCUUGGCAGCGGUGCCUCACCGGCGAUCCGGGCGUUCCUAUUCGCUUUUUGCCACGCAAAGGUGUAGGCUCUUUGGCAAGCUGUUAGCAUAACGGUAUGCUGUUGCUGCUGAUGUUUCUGUCCUUUAUAGGCGAUAGCAGCCGCGGCAGCAAGAGUUGGAGUGUCGGGGAGUUCAGGAGGUAGGGACAGAAAGGGAUUCGUGGGGCUUGGUUUCAGACCCAGACCCCCUUUCAGAGCGAGUAUGUGAAGGCAGUUGAUGGAUGAGGGAGUGGGAGAGCGAGAACAGCAGCAGCAGCAGCACGGAUGCACAUGUGGCUCCUGACGCGUGCCGCAAAGCUUUUUUUUACGGCAUUUCAAGGACUCAAGAAGGACUCGCGUUUUCGUCGUGCUUUAACGUCACAUUGCGUUAUUGCGCCGACAUCGUGAGCAGUUUAUGCGUCUGUUGUUGUUUGUUGUUUUCUUUGAGAAUGCUGCACUACUGGUACAGCAGUAUAGAAGUACCGCAGCCGUGGCGCGACGCUACUGCACCAUCACAAAAAGAUGACGAAUGGGCCUGGAGAGGUUUGCAAAGGAUGGAGGAGAGAGACGCGGGUGGUUUGCGUGAUACCGCGAUAGAGAGAAAGAGAGAGAGGCCGAGGUUUAUCUGCGGCGCUUUGGCCAUGACUGGGUGUCCUAGACCCCGCGUGUCAUGCUGCUUUGUAUACUCUGUUUAUUGUUCGCUGGAUGGGGAAAUUGGUUGACGCCCAUGUGCGGUUUCCGUUUCCCGGUUUUCCGCUUCCCGGUUUCUUGUUAGGGGUUUCUGCUAGGCUGGGAGGGUUGCGUAGGUGACUGAGGCUGAGUGUGGCGUGUGGCAGGAAGUUGCCAACCACGAGGGAGGGAAUGAUGGUGGUAGUAGAGGUUAUGUGUGUUGGGAUUUCCGUGUGUGGCGUGGCAGCGGCUACAUCCCUGCCGGAAAGCAAGAGAUCAAGGGCAGCAUGUAGAUGCAUUCGGGGUUGAAGUCGCGUAGUCCUUUUCGAGAAGCCCCUUAUAGUCGUAGUGCUGAUGGCGAGGCUGUGAGCACGUAACCUGUACCGUAAUAGAACAGAGGAGGGGCACCGCCCUUUUCCAGCUUUUAGGAAGCUGAGCCCGCUUG